AUGCUCUCCUCCAUCCUCAUUGCGCAGCGCGCCGCUCUCCGGCGUAUCGAAGCCAUCAAAGCCACCGACCGUGAUCCAGAUGCCAAGUAUCUCCGCGUUCACAAAGACGAGGAAUUCCGGGCCGAGCUCAACGAGGGAGUAGGUUUUUAUCUAGACAUCUAUUCCUCCUCGGAAGAAGUAAUCUCGCUUCUCCACAAAUGGCCAUUUGAUGAUGCGACCAAGGGAGUUGUUCCUAGCAAGCGCUUGCCGUAUGUAGAUUUAAUAUUGGAAUUUGAUCGGCUGAAUGAGAAAUUGCAUAAGUUGGGACAGGCGAGUAUGGGGUAUCAUGUGAAGUAUCAUUAUAUUCCGAAGAUCGAGAAUCGAGCGGUGGAAGUAGUUGUGAUAGAGGAGUUGGAUAGAUAUGGUGCUAAGCUGGAGAGAAUUCUGAACGGGGUGGUGACUGAGGUUGAAACGGAGAAGGAGACUGAAAGACAGGAAUCCCCAGAAGAAUUGCAGUUAACGCCGAUGUGGGAAACAAUACCGAUAUCGAAACCAGGAGGAAAACCAACACGAAUUCCGAAAUCUAUGGAGGCAAAUUUGAGAGAGAAAAGAAAAAGGAAAGGGAAAGAGAUAGCGCGAGAUGAUGAUGAAACAGAGGUGGAUGAAGAAAUGCAGGAACCCCCAAUAUCGAAAACAAAGGUGGAUGAAGAAAUGCAGGAACUCCCAAUAUCGAAAACAAUGCCGAUAUCCAAACCAGGAGGAAAACCCAUCCCAACCCCAAAACCAACAUCCGGCGGAAAAUCAACCCCAACCCCCAAACCAACGCCAGGCGGAAAAUCCAUACCAACCCCCCAAUCAACGCCCGUACAAAAACCCAAACUAAAGCUCAAGCUCAUAUCUCGGGAUCCACGAGUUCGUCAAAACUCCACCCCAAAGGCUCCCGAAAGAUGA